AUGGACAUCUUCGCCUGGUUUCUAUCUCUUCCGACAGCGCGAAUAGCUUUUGUUCUCAUCUUCUUCGCGUUCUUUCUCAGAAUCAUUUAUCGAGCAUACCUCACACCUCGUCGCAAGAUUCCGGGCCCGUGGUAUGCACGAUUUACCCAUCUUGUCCUCAAAUACCAUAUAGUCACUGGUAAUCGCAUCCAUUACGUCCAUGCUCUCCAUCAAAAAUAUGGCCACACUGUCCUCGUUGCUCCAGACGAAGCAUCAUGUUCUUCGCUCACUUCUUUCAAAACUAUCCACCGCAUCUCCAAGCCCUUUCUCAAAUCUGGCUGGUAUCGCGAUUUUACGUCUGUACUACCAAAUCUUUUCAGUAUGAUUAAUCCAAAAGACCAUGCUGCCCGUCGCAAAUUGUUUGCGCAUGCCUUUAGCAAGACCUCUUUAAAAGCAAAUUGGGAGAGUGAGGUUAGGAAGAAGACGGACAUGGCGGUGGAUAAAAUCAAAAGAGAUGCUUUGGUAGGAGAAGUGGAUCUCAUGAAAUUCUUCAUGUUCAUGGCUACAGAUGUCGUGGGGCAUCUCUGUUUUGGGGAGAGUUUCGACACACUGGAAAAGGAACAGACAAAUCAAUACACCAAAGAUCUCCAACGUGUAAUGUUAACAAGCGGUGUGCGCGCUGAGUUUCCGAAGUUUUUUAAGAUUGGAGAGAUGUCAGGUCUUUCUUUUUUCACGACUCCCAAAGAACGAUUAGGUGACUAUGGAUCCAUAGCUGUCAAAAAUGCAAAGUCACAAAGUGGUGCAACUCCCAACAUAUUCCGCAAGAUACUCUCAGAAUCCAAAUCGGAUAGCAUAGAAGGAUCGCUUUCAGAUUUGGAUAUUCAAGAAGAGGCUACAAGUUUCAUCAUAGCCGGCACUGAUACGACUACUAUGACACUUACAUUUUUGGUAUACCAUAUCUUGAAAAAUCAAAAAGUGCAGAGACAGUUGGAAGAUGAGCUUUCCACUCUACCUGAUGAUUUCGAAUGUAAGGACAUCGAAGGAUUACAGUACUUGAAUGCAGUUGUUGAUGAAGGAUUGAGGUUAUGGGGAGCGGGGUCAGGGAGUCUCCCUAGAGUUGUUCCUCAAGAAGGCGUUGAUUUAGAUGGAUACUUUCUCCCUGGAUCCAUGACAGUUUCCACGCAAACUUACACAAUCCACCGCGAUCCGGAAAUCUUCCCAGAGCCAGAAAGCUUCGAACCCCAACGCUGGCUCGGUCCCAAAGCAGAAGAAUUCAAAUCGGCAUAUUAUCCCUUCGGUGCUGGAACACGAACAUGUGUUGGUAUACAUCUGGCGAAAAUGGAAAUUUACUUAAUCCUCGCUUCACUUUUCAGGGUGUGCAAAGGAAUAAAAAUCGCCCCGAGUCAAGACGAUGAGGGAAUGGAAAUUGAGAAUUUCUUUGUGAUUGGGCCUAAGGGACAUAAAUGUCUUGUUACGAUGAGAGAAUGA